CCUGACCGUGUCCCAGGCCCUGGGCAGGAGCUACGGGGACCCGCCGGGUUUGGGGAGGCCGCGGGGUGGCCACGGCCGGGCCUGGGCUCGGGACCGCCAGGAAAGCGCCGUUAUGCAGCCAGGGCCCAGUCCGGCAGGAACUGUCAGCACGGCCGGUACCAGCCAGAGGGCCCAGGGGCUGGGGCAUGGUGGCAGUUGUGCUGGUGGGUUUUCCCCACCAGGCUAGCGAUGUAUUUUAUGAUUUCUUUUUUUUCUCAUUGCAGCCCCCUCAAGCCAAACACCAGUUUGUCAGUGUGCCAGGCCCCGUCAGAGUCAAGGAUGGAAGCAAGGAGCAGGACUGGGCCCUGUGACAGCACAAAUGUUUUCAAACCCCGUUUGGAUGUGGUUUCUAGAGUAACCCUUCCAAGUGCACUUUUACCCCUGCCAUAAUUCUCCCAGCAAGCUGCCUGCCUGCAGAGGAAAAAGGAAGCAGUGCUGUGUUUUUAUGCACCUUCAGCCGUCCUGCAGGCCCGUGUUCCUGACUGCUGCCAUUGGGCGCAAGGUGGCUGGUCCCUGUUGGUGGGGGUCGGUGUGGGCAGUAGGUGCCUGGUUCCUGUGUGUGCAGAGUUUUUUGGGAGCUGGUGGCCACAGUGUCUGGAGAGAGGUGUCAGAACCAGAGCACAAUGUUCCUGGUCGGACUCUCGGGUGGAAUCGCGUCAGGGAAGAGCACGGUGGUGGCCGUACUCCGGGAACUGGGCUGUGCUGUGAUUGAUGCCGAUGUUAUUGCCAGAGAGGUGGUGCAGCCCCACUUCAAGGCCUAUCGGCAGAUCGUGCGUUACUUUGGCACCGAGAUUCUCUUGGAGAAUGGAGAGAUAAAUCGUGAGGCUCUAGCAAACAUUAUCUUCUCCCACCCGGAGAAACGGCAGCUGCUGAACUCCAUCACCCACCCGGAGAUCCAGAAGGAGAUGCUGAAGCAGAUCUUGAAGCACUUUGUGCUAGGCUGCCGCUACGUGAUCCUCGACAUCCCUCUGCUCUUUGAGACCAACAGAUUGACCAAGUUUAUGAAAUACACAGUCUUGGUUUAUUGUGACCCGCCGACGCAGCUGUCCCGGCUGAGGAAGAGGAACGGGCUGUCCCAGGCUGAGGCAGAAGCUCGCAUCGCCUCCCAGCUGCCGCUGGACGAGAAACGCAAGUUAGCAACUCAUGUCAUUGACAACUCCGGGGAGUGGGAGAGCACGCGCCGGCAGGUCCUGAGCCUGCACGCCCACCUCGAGGCUUCCCUGGAUUUCCUCUGGGCACGGCUGGCAGCGGGCACGGUUGUAGUCGGGCUCGGAGGGCUGGUGUACCUUCUCCUCCAGCAUUUCAUCUCUUAAUUCACCUUUUCCUUUUUGUCAUGGAAGAGGCCUGAAUUUCCAGGUUUGAAAAGGGCAGUGAAAGGCCACCUCUUUUAAUGAGCUUUGCCAGCUGAAUGCAGACAGUGAGAUGAAGCGUCUCCUUGCCGACUCCCCAAGGUGAAUGUAGUGGGGCUUUUUCUGGCAUCAUCUCCCCUCCUUUCUUCCUGCUCAGCUUCUUACCCCCCAGCUGUGCCCAUGGGGUGGGAUGUUCCCCUUGCAUGGCUGCGGCCCACGGAGGGGACGAGGCCCUCUGUCCCCGGUGGGUACAUACAGUGGGACUACAGUGAAUUUAGGCUCUUUAAUGCCCUCCAGGACAAUCUCUUCACUGGGGGAAUAGGUGACCUCUCGAGUCCUGUUUCUGUGAGCCCGUUGAUCCCUCACAGCCCUGGCUAAUAUGAAUUUAGAUAUGGAAUUUUCCUUUCUUUCAUGUUGAUUUAAUGGAAAUGUGUUAAAUCUGCCUGUCCAGGGACAGACAGCACCUCAUUUCCCAUGGGUUAGGGGUUCAGCUGGCUGCUCGCCCUCACUCCUGCACCCUCUUUCUGUGAUCAACACUUGUGGGUCACCCUUGGCUUUGGAUCUGAGGGUCUGCUACAUCCCCAGGGCAGGCUGAGACCCAGGACCUGCCUUGCUGAAACUCAUUUACUGCUGUUUGAGUUUUCUUUUGGCAGCAGUUUCCCUGUGGGAGAGCACGAGUUGGGGCGAAGCGGGUGCUGGCUCUUCACGUUUGUUUUAAUAAAGUGCUAAGCAGCAGCUGGCUCCCUGCGGCUCUGCAACCUGCAGGCUGUGAGCG